AUGAUUGAGGACAUUUGUCAGAGUGGAGUGGUGGAGGAGACGAAAGAAAAGGCCGUCCAUGGAGUAGAGGGUCAAGAACUGGUUUAUCCUAAAAGGCUGCCUGUGAUAGAGAAGCGAGAUGUUUGGCACACUCAUGAUUAUGACCUACAGGAAACUUAUGACAACGAAUUUAUAUAUGAAAUAAGUCUAAGUAAAAAAACCUUCAUACUUCACCUUUUAAGAUCAAGGGAGUUCCUAGCCUCAAAUUAUAGUGAAACAUACUACACAAUAAACGGAGAGGAAAUCACCAGCCAUCCUCAGGUUAAGGAUCACUGUUUUUACCAAGGAUCCAUUAUACAUGAAUAUGAUUCUGCUGCCAGUAUCAGCACAUGUAACGGUCUCAGGUAA